AUGAACAAAGAAUACUAUCACAACCAGGAAGUACUGUUGGAAGCUCAGAAUAAUGAUGACAUCUUAAAAGAGAAUCAGUUUAGAUGGGUUAUGUUCCCCAUAAAAUACAAAACAUUCUGGACUUACUACAAAGAGAUAGAAUCCCUGUUUUGGACUGCUGAGGAUUAUAAUUUUGAUAAGGAUAAACAAUACUUGGACAACAUUGACAAAAAUAUGCUUGUGAAAUUGUUCGAGCUUGUUUGCUUCUAUAGUUUGAAGGAUUUGCACGUGUACAAGGAACAAGCACUAAUAACGAGCAAAAUGUUAGACAUUAUUCAAAUACCAGAAGGCAGAGCUUUUUACGGUUUUCAGAUGUGUAUGGAAAAUAUUCAUGAUGAAGUUUAUGCAUGUAUUUUUGAAACGUAUAUUCCUGACUCUAAACAGAAAAGAGUAAUAAUUAAUAAGGUAAUACAACUAGAUAGUGUUUUAAAAAAACAAAAAUGGCUAACUGAAAUAUUCGAAACAAAUAUCCCUUUCUACAAUAAACUAAUUCUUAUCUAUAUUUCUAAAGUUCUUUUUAACGGAACGUUAAAUAUUCUAAUUGGUUAUUGUAAGGAAAAUUCUAUUCUACCUGGAUUAUGUACCGUUCAUGAAAAAAUACAUAGAGAUGAAUAUCUUCAUGGUGAUUUUUCAGUUAUGUGUUGUAAUCAUUUAAAUAAUAAAUUAAAAUAUGAAUAUGUAUUAGAAUAUUUUAAAAUAGCAGUUGAGUUAGAGUAUCAGUUCUCUUUGGAAAUGCUAGAACUGUCUGUCUUAAAAAUAAAAAAAGAACAAGUCAAAUCCUUUUUGGAAUAUUUAGCUGAUAGCAUGUUAGUAAAUUUGAAAUACCCAAAACAUUUUAAUGCAAAAUAUCCCUUUUCUUGGCCUGAAUUUAAUAAGAUCACUGUGAGUGAGAGUCAAAAAACAGAGUCCGUUAAAAAAGCUGAUGAAAUUUAUGGUGAAAAACAAAUAACGUUUGACGAAGACUUCUGA